AACAAAUUUAACCACAGGCAUGUAAAAAAAAUUAAAUGUAUUAAAGAAAAAAUGCUUGAUUUAUCAUCGUAGAUUAUUUCUGUGUUUUAUGGAAAUUCAUUAUUUUUCUAUUUUAGCGUUUCUAGUUAGUUUUGUAGAAAAUUUUGACGUAUUCAAGCUGUUUUCUCGUCAAAAUGGCUCGCAAUGGCGGAAGUACACAACGACAUACAGUUAUUUCAGUGAAAGUGAGCGAAUUGAAUUACGUGAAGAAGCGAAGGAAAUGUUUUACUUUGGCUACGAUAACUACAUAAAAUAUGCUUAUCCAAUGGAUGAGUUGGAUCCAAUACAUUGUACAGGCAGAGGACCGGAUUAUGAGAACCCGUCAAAUAUCAAUAUUAAUGAUGUACUUGGGGAUUAUUCUUUGUCACUUGUUGAAUCCUUAGGCACAUUAGCCAUUAUGGGAAAUAUUAGUGAAUUUAAACGUGCAGUCAAAUUAGUUAUGGACAAUGUUUCUUUUGAUAAGAAUACUACAGUGCAAGUUUUUGAAGUCACAAUAAGAGUCCUUGGUGGAUUGCUUUCUGCGCAUCUCAUCAUUCGUGAUCCCCAGCAACCAUUUGGCAAUAUGAUACCCAAUGAUUAUAAUGAUGAACUAUUGUUAAUGGCGCAUGAUUUAGCAAAUCGUUUACUCUGUGCAUUUGACAAUACAACACAUGGUAUUCCUUAUCCAAGGGUUAAUUUGAAACAUGGCAUUCCAGAGAAGCUAUUUAAAACAACCUGUACUGCUGGUGUAGGUACUUUACUGCUAGAAUUUGGAACACUAAGUCGUCUGUUAGGUGACCCAACUUACGAGAUAACAGCAAAAAAUGCACUGGAAGGCAUUUGGAAAUUCCGAUCAAAGAAGACCGGCUUGUUAGGUAAUGUUAUAAAUGUCAUCACUGGUGAAUGGGUUUCAAACAUGAGUGGUAUAGGAGCAGGAAUGGACUCUAUUUAUGAGUAUUUAUUAAAGAGUUAUAUUCUCUUUGGUGAUUCUAAUGAUUUGCAGAAGUUCAAUGACUUGUACAAAAGUGUGAAUAUGUACAUGAGAAAAGGCCGUCAUUUAUGUAACUCUGGAAAUGGUGAUGUUCCAAUAUUUGUAAAUGUUAAUAUGAAUGAUGGCAAAAUAAUAAAUACUUGGAUUGACUCCCUCUCUGCUUCAUUUGCUGCUGUACAGGUUUUAAAUGGGGAUGUAGAAGAUGCUAUCUGCACACAUGCACUCUUCUACGCCAUAUGGAAAAGAUAUGGUGCAUUACCAGAGAGAUUUGACUGGAACACGGGCAUGUCACAUGUACAUUUUUAUCCAUUGAGACCUGAACUAGCUGAGUCGACGUAUCUUCUGUAUCAGGCAACUCAACAUCCAUUUUAUCUACAUGUCGGCAAAGAUAUAAUAAAUAGUAUACAGAAGCACGCAAAGGCAAGAUGCGGUUAUGCUACCUUGCACAAUGUCAUGGAUAAAUCUCAGGAAGACAGAAUGGAAAGCUUUUUCUUAUCAGAAACAUUGAAAUAUUUAUAUCUUUUAUUUGACCGUGAAAAUCCUGUAAACCAACAAGCCUCGAAAUAUAUCUUCACUACAGAAGGACAUUUUCUAAAACUUGAUAAAUCUUUAUGGAACGCCGACUCUUAUUUCUAUGACGUCACCAAUGGAUAUCAGUAUGACGUCAACUCGAGAACUACAUCGAAUAUUAGUGAUAGUGGGUGUGAAAUUGUAUCACAGCAUAAACAGCGUCCGUUACCUUUGGAGCUUCGCUAUCUUCAACAGGUUGAGAGUUUAGUUGGCGUGCAAAACUAAUUUGAAAAAUUCUUGUACUUGUUCAGGAUGUGAAAAGAACAAUUUAAAGAACAAUAAACAAUAUAUUUUUGUAUCGCAUACGUCAAUAAAUGUAAAAUAAAAUUUACUCUUGUUAAGGAGAUAAGACGUGUUGUAUGAUAAAUGAUAAUGAAUACACAAGCAAUAUUUUUUAUAAAUAAAUAUCUCUUUAAAAUAUA